AUGAAUUGCAAAUUAUCAAAAGACUCUCUCAUCGAGCUUCAGUUAAUCCGACCUGAAUUGAUGAGCGAUGAUGCUCCAUGUCCAUGUUGUGAACAGAGAGUUAAUGAACAUCGAAAUGGUCGUCGAAUUGGACGUAUUCCAUUUACUUGUUAUAAUAUUUGUCCUCGUAUGAAACGUGCCUCUCGAAAAAGUUCGGUUGUACGAUAUAUGAUGAUUAAUUAUUCACGUUUAAUAUUUUUAUUGAUGGGAAUGAUUAUAUGUCAACAUUCAUUAUGUAUUGCUGACAAGUUUCGUGUCUAUGAACAACCAUCUGGUCAAUUAUGUUAUUGGCAAGGAGAUGCACCAUUCUGUUUCAUUGGUUCUGGUUGUCCAAUUCGCACUACGAACAUGGGAUCUAGCAAGUUUGGGGAUGGAGCAUAUUGUUGGAUAGGUGUUAAGUUCUAUUGUUGUGUUUAA